CUUAGCUUAACGACGACAACAACUAUGGCCGCUGUCGGUGGUAGUUUUGAAAGUGCCAGGAGCAUUGAGGAGCGUAAGGAACAGACCCGGAUUGCCAGGGCAGAGGUGUUGAGACAGGCUAAAGCCAAUUUUGAAAAAGAAGAAAGGCGUAAAGAACUUAAACGACUUCGGGGUGAGGAGACAUGGAUGCUACCUGAUGUGAAUGAGCGAGUUGAACAGAUCUCACAGGAACACUCUGGGAAGAAAAAGAAGAAAAAAGACAAGCAUUCCAAAAUAAAGAAAGAGAAGAAAAAAAAGAGCAAGAAACACAAGUAUGAAAAAAACAGUGAGUCAACUGACAGUUCAUCAAGCUCUGAAGAUGAGUGGGUUGAGGCUGUUCCCACUCAGACUUCUGUCAAGGAAAAGGCCUGGAAAGUGAAAGAUGAAAGGUCAGAAAAAGAAGAUAACCAAGUUAUUCAGAGGGAUGAAUGGAUGACUGUUGAUUUUAUGUCUGUUAAAACCGUGUCAUCAUUAUCACUGAAAACUGAAAAGGAAACUAAAAGGAAAAUAGAACAAGAGAAAACUAAAGCACUUGAACAGUCCAGACUGCUGGAAAGAGAAUUGAAUCCAUACUGGAAGGAUGGUGGGACAGGUCUUCCACCAGAAAACAGUAAUGCGUCAUCAGUUGCUAAAGUGGUAGAAGAUGGUGGUUUAAGCUGGCUAAGGAAGUCUUAUCAGAGAAUGAAGGAACAAGCUGAGAAACAACAUAGAAAUAUUGAAGACAUUGUAGCUGAAAGAUACGGGUCAAUGGAAAUAUUUCAGUUGAAAUUAAAAGAAGCUGAAAAAACUGCAUUUAUGAAAGAAGAUUGUAGACGAGAACGGUGGAGGAAGCCAACAUACUCAGAUAGAGCACAAAGUAGUCAAGAAGGAAGAAAAUCAGACUUGAUGAAAUAUAAUAAAAAUUCAAAAGAUAGAUAUGAUACAACAGAUACUACAAAUAAUAUCAAAGAUAAGUUUAGUGAUAAUGAAAAAGAUAAUAGAUCUGGGUUGGAAACAUGUAGGAGAGAAUCCAAUCCAAGGCAAAAUCAAGAGUUUUCUUCUGUUGGAAAUUUGAGACCUAAAUUCUUAAGACCCUCUGAUGAUGAAGAACUGUCAUUUCAUAGCAAGUGCAGGAAUUUUGAACCAUCUAGUUCAUCUUCCACACUGGUUGCUCAGGACUCUGUGCAUUGUGGUUUUCGAAAACCCACAGAAAACAGUGAAGAAAGUCUAUCAUUGUGGAAUCGAUCUGAUGGAAGAGAAGCAGACAGGAAACAUUCACAUCAAAAACCAUUAGAAACCAGUCACAGUAUUGACCACGGAAACCUUUCAGAAGACAGGAGAGAAAAAUCACAAGAUGAAAUUUUGAGAGAUGACUCUCUGAAAAAAGAGGAUCUACAGGACACAGAGUCUUCACUUGCUGGAAGUGGUCCAGAGGAUGACUCUGUCUGUAUCCUGAGUGUUGAUGAGAAGAAUAAGUUGGGGGCCAAGAUUAUCAAGGCUGAGAUGAUGGGAAAUAUGGAAUUAGCUGAACAGCUUAAAGCCCAACUUGAAAAAGCAAAUAAAUUCAAAGAAACUGUAACACAGAUAUCAAAAAAAUCUGCAGUAAUGAAUGAAGACCAGCAAGAGGUGAUCCUUGUCAGAACGGAUCAGUCUGGAAGAGUGUGGCCUGUGAACACAUCAGGAAAACACAUGGAAUCUAAAGGAGGAAGACGGAAGAGACAGAUUGCGUCAACCCAUGAGGAAAAAGAAAGGGUCAAAUACUUUCAUGAUGAUGAUAAUCUAAGCCUAAAUGAUUUAAUCAAGAACGAAAAGAUGGGAACAGCAGAAAAUCAAAACAAACUUUUUAUGAGAAUGGCAUCUAAGUUUAUGGGAAAAACAGAUGGAGAUUAUUACACUCUGGAUGACAUGUUUGUCUCCAAAGCAGCUGAGAGCAAAUGUUUUGGUGAAGAAGAAGAGAAUCAGAGGAAAAACGCAAUUGCUGAGCACCAGCGUCUUGCUGCACAAAUGGACAAAUGUCUGUAUUGUUUUGACAGCUCUCAGUUUCCCAAGCACCUUAUUGUUGCAAUAGGUGUUAAGGUUUACUUAUGUUUACCCAACGUACGAUCUCUUACUGAAGGGCACUGCUUGAUAGUCCCUUUGCAGCACCAUAGAGCAGCUACCUUAUUGGAUGAAGACAUCUGGGAGGAAAUUCAGAUGUUCAGAAAAUCUUUGGUAAAGAUGUUCACAGAUAAAGGAUUGGACUGUAUCUUUUUAGAAACUAAUAUGAGCAUGAAAAAACAAUAUCAUAUGGUUUAUGAAUGCAUUCCUCUCCCAAAGGAAGUGGGUGACAUGGCUCCCAUCUAUUUUAAGAAAGCCAUAAUGGAAUCUGAUGAAGAGUGGUCUAUGAACAAGAAAUUGAUUGAUCUCUCUUCAAAAGAUAUCAGAAAGUCUGUACCCAGAGGCUUACCUUACUUCUCUGUGAACUUUGGCCUCCAAGGAGGGUUUGCCCAUGUCAUAGAAGAUCAACACAAAUUCCCUCAUUACUUUGGAAAGGAAAUCAUUGGUGGGAUGCUGGAUAUAGAACCAAGAGUUUGGAGGAAAGGGAUCCGAGAAAGCUUUGAAGAUCAGAGGAAGAAAGCACUUCAGUUUGCCCAGUGGUGGAAACCAUUUGACUUCACCAAAAGUAAAAAAUGUUGAGUCAUACCUUUCAGUUUUCAUUACCCCCUCAAAUUUCUUUCAGUUUUAUUUCCAUUGCCUGUAUAACUAAACAGCUGACUCUCAGGUCAUGAGAGUCAUGGGCUAGGUUUGUGACAACGUGCACCAUUGGAUUGUGUCGGUUCCCGUCCUCGCCUGCUCCUGUGGACUUCAUUUCAGUAACCCGUGGACAAGACCAGUGAUGUUGGUGACUGCUCAUGACCUGUUCUGUACUCAACUAUUUAGUUAACAUAUAGGAAGACCUUUCUGAAGGCUUAUCUAGGAAGUAUAGCAGAUCAUGGGUUCAAAGGGAAGUGGGUCUACUUCAAAGUUGUUAAGUCUGUUGACUGGCUUCUCUUGCAUUUUUUAACCUGAGUUGGCAUAUUCAGUAAUAAUUGAAAUUUCACUGAAUUUUAUGGAAGCUCUUCAUUUUCUACUAAUAGUGUAUAAUAUAUAUACACCAGUAGGCAACAGCACUGCUGGUGUAGUGGUAUCAUGCAAGAUUCCCAAUAGUUUAUAUGUAUCACUGCUGUUCUUUUUAUUAAAGGAAAAAAGAAUGUCCCCAAAAUAAUAAAGAAUUAAAUGAGGAA